UGCGCGCUGUGCAUUCUGGGUAGGGCACUUUGAGGCCAGCCAUAUUGCUGUAUCGUCCUGGCUGAAGGAGAGAGGGGAGAUGAAGGGGAUUCGGGGAAUCAGUCAGCUUUCGAGACGGUUCUAUGCAGCUGCCAGAAAAGGCCAGUCCCUUGUUCAGCCCCUGGCUGACCUCAAGCUCUCUCCUGGAGCCCGUUCCUACAAGGAUGUCCAUGUGACCAAACUGCCCAGUGGACUGGUGAUCGCCUCACAGGAGAACUAUUCACCAGCCUCCAAGAUCGGCGUCUUGGUCAGGGCCGGCUGUCGUUAUGAGACCCCUGAGAACCAGGGUGUCACCCACCUCCUGCGGUUGGCCUCCAAUCUGACAACCAAAGGAGCUUCAGCUUUCAAGAUAUGCCGUGGUAUUGAAGCAGUGGGAGGCAGCCUGAGCGUGGCUUCAUCCAGAGAGAAUAUGAUCUACACCGUUGACUGCUUGAGAGAUGACAUUGAUACAGUGAUGGAGUAUUUGAUCAAUGUGACAACAGCCCCAGAGUUUCGUCCGUGGGAAGUGUCAGACCUCACACCGAGAGUAAAGUUGGACAAAGCACAGGCUGCACAGAACCCACAGACAGUUGUGAUUGAAGGUCUGCAUCAAGCGGCCUACAAGAAUGCCCUCUGUAACUCCCUGUACUGCCCCGACCACAUGGUUGGCAAUAUUCAGUCGGAACAUCUGCACCAGUUUGUCCAAAACAAUUUCACAAGUGCAAGAAUGGCUCUUGUUGGACUGGGUGUUGACCACGCUGUGCUGAAGCAAGUCGGAGAACAAUUCCUCAACAUCCGCAGCGGAACCGGCACCACUGGGGCCGCGGCUCAGUAUCGUGGAGGUGAGAUCCGUAUGCCCAGCAACAGCAGUCUGGUUCAUGCAGCCGUGGUGAGCCAGGGAGCGGCAACAACCAGUAAAGAAGCUCUGGCUUUCGCUGUGCUGCAGCACGUUCUGGGAGCUUUUCCAUAUGUGAAGAGAGGAUCCUGCCCCUCCAGCAAACUGGUGCAGGGUGUUGCCAAGGCAACUGCUGACCCCUUUGAUGUCUGUGCUUUCAAUGCAAGCUACUCUGACUCAGGUCUGUUUGGGGUCUACACCAUUUCCCAGGCUGCAGAUGCUGGUGAGGUGAUUAAAGCCGCUCUUGCCCAGGUGAAGGCUGUUGCUGAUGGCGGAGUCACAGCAGCUGACCUCACUCGAGCCAAGGCCCAGCUGAGGACUGAGUUCCUGAUGCUUAUCGAAACCUCAGAGGGUUUGCUGGACAUCAUGGGCACUCAGGCUCUGGAUGGAACCUACCAGCCCCCUGAAGAAAUCUCCAAAACCAUCGACAACGUCUCCUUGACGGAUGUUGCUCAUGCUGCCAAGAAAUUCGUGUCUGGCAAGAAGACCAUGGCAUCCUCCGGCAACCUCGUAAAAACACCAUUCGUGGAUGAGAUCUAAAGCCCUCCUCGUCACUUCGCCCUGCACCUUGAUGGACGGCAAAGCAGAUUUUUUUGUUUCCUCUACAUUUGAACACAAACAGAGGUCAUUGGUGUCUUUUUGCAAUGCUGUUGUUCUGAGAAAUAUAAUGUCAUAACACCACUGGGUAUUUAUAGGUGUUGUAACAGUAUAUUUGCAGGUGAUACUGCUCUGGUGCAUCACAGUACUGUGCUCUACCCAUCUGUCCACAUUAACUGUAUAGCCAAUGUAAAAUAAGGAAUAAAUUCUAUCAACCUUA